CAAAUAUAUAUGUAUAUAAACAUAUGGACUCUUUUCCAGUAACAUAUGUACAUACACAACCUACGUGAACUUGUAUAAUAUGUAUAAACAUCCAAACAAAUUGAAUAAACUGAGAGUUGGGCUAUGUUUGCAUUUGUAGGCGCAUAUUGUUAUUGAAUACAUAUAUUUAUUUCUAGGCAUUUUACUUACUAAAAAGGAUUCGGCACUAAUAACUAGUAUAUUAUCAAACUUUAUGUAUUAUCAAAGACAAUAAUAAAAGCACAAAAAACAUACUGGGUGCUCUUUGAUUAGAGCCCCAUAAAAAGACUAAGUUUAAAGUAUCAUUAUUGCUGAAUAAUAUGUAUUUGUAUCAUUGGACUAAGAACAAUCAAUUUCAAAUAUAUUUAAUUUGUUUUGUGUGGAUUUUCCUACUGUAUAACACUGUUAAUGGCGUCCUAGGGAGACUACAGACAACACCUCAAGGUGUAUUAGAUAUACUAAAGGCUGUAAGAAUUAGUGAACAAACUUAUGUACAAACUUCACCUGGUCGAUGUCGGCAAGAUUCAAAUGAUUUGACGACAUCAUCAAAUGUUCCCGAAAGAAACGUAGCUUAUUCUGUUCCGCGUGGAUUAAGUCUUUACAUAGAAGGGCGAUCUUUAACCCUUGAUCCAUUUCCUCCAGAUCUGUCUAUUUUAUUUACUAUUCGACUUGAAUCAAACUUGGAAAGAGAGUUGUUCACUGUUUAUGACAGACAUGGACGGAUGAUUUUACGCAUAAUACAUGGCCCACAUCUACAAUUAGAAUAUUUAUCAAAAGAAUCACAAUCUAGUCAGCUUUCUGAUUUACACCCUCGAGAUUUAAAAACACAAUCAGGAAAAGCAUUGGAGAAAGCUAUUUUUAAAACUCGUCUAAAUGAUAAUCUAUGGCAUCGUGUAGCAAUUAGUAUUGGUACUACUACUGUAAGAUUACUAAUCGAUUGUAAACAACGAGAGUUUAUAAAUUACAAUCGUUCGUCAACAAGCAUUGAUAACAGAGGUCGAAUACAAGUAUUAAAAGACGGCAUUCAUGGUUUUAUUGAAGAUUUUUAUCUUCUAGCUGGUGAGGAAAGCGCUGUGAAACAAUGUGAUGUUUAUUCACCUAAUUGUUUCGAUGACCAAAUGAUGGGCGAUGAAGGUGAUAAGGAUAGCGACCCAAUGCAGGGUCCAGUCGGUUCUAUGGGGGAUAUUGGUCCACCAGGUGAUAAGGGUGAACCAGGUUUAAAUGGCUCAUCCGUAGCUGCUGGUGAACCUGGCCCACCUGGUCCAAUGGGCUCUCUAUUCGUCAUUCCUUUGAAUCUCGGAGUUGGCAGUAGUAGUUUUGCUCGAGCAGCUACAUUUCGGGACUUGCUUCAAAAACAUUUGCUUUCCUUAAAAGGUGUACGUGGAGCUAGAGGGAUAACUGGUGUUACUGGUCCAGAAGGAGGCCCUGGUGAACCUGGUGUUAAAGGAGAAGUUGGACAUCCAGGCGAUACGGGAUAUCAAGGACCUCGUGGACCGAUGGGCCCACCUGGACGUCAAGGUCCAAGCGGACCACCAGGAUUAGAUGGUAGUCGUGGAGAACCUGGUCCAUCAGGAAUGAAAGGUGAAGACGGGCGCCCUGGUGAUUCUGGACUUAUAGGCCUCAAAGGAGAUAAAGGCGAAUUAGGUCCACCCGGCCCAAAAGGUGAUCAAGGUCUUCCAGGUGAAGAGGGUCCACGUGGACCCAAUGGAGAUAUUGGGGAUCAAGGGGACCCAGGUUUGCCAGGAGUACGUGGUCCUGUGGGUCAACCAGGUCCUCAGGGUCCAAGAGGAAAACCUGGAAAUCAGGGUCCACGUGGACGUAAAGGUGAACUUGGAGAACCUGGCCUACCUGGUUUGCCGGGGCCAGCAGGGCCCAUAGGAACAUCUGGACCAGAAGGAAUGGCUGGCCCACGCGGUCCAACUGGUGUUGCCGGUCAAAGGGGACGCCCUGGUCCGUCAGGGGUUCCAGGCACUGACGGUCUGCCAGGAUUUCCAGAUUACUUGUUUGUAAAUGCUAAACUUGUACUAAAAUUUCCUGGUCCAACUGGAGAUCCUGGGAAGGAUGGUCUGCCAGGACGUGAUGGUCAGCCUGGUUCUAAAGGAGUCAGAGGUUCCCCGGGAGUACUUGGCAAUCAAGGUGUUCGUGGAUUCCCAGGACUCGAUGGUAUGCCAGGUCGACCUGGGCCAGCUGGUGUGAAAGGUGAGCUGGGACCGGAUGGUGAAGUGGGACCUAUUGGAGAUAAAGGUUAUCAAGGUGAUGCGGGUAUCAUUGGCCCAACCGGACCAGCAGGUCCUAUUGGAGCACGAGGCCCACCAGGUCCAGCUGGAGUCAAAGGCAUAACAGGGGAAGAUGGUCCUUUAGGAUUGAUCGGAUCUCCUGGACCAAGAGGACCGCCUGGUCGUUUAGGUCCUAUUGGACCAUUGGGACCGCCUGGUUUUGAUGGAGAAAAGGGUGAUAAGGGUGCACCUGGACCACCAGGACCAAAAGGCGAUAAAGGAGGAGUGGGUAUACGUGGACCUUUUGGACCAGUUGGAAGUCCUGGUUUGCCUGGAAUACAAGGACCACCAGGCCUUCCCGGACAAGCUGGAGAGGAAGGACCAGAAGGAUUAGUUGGUCCAGAAGGGUCUAGAGGAUUGCCAGGAGCACCAGGUGCACCAGGAAUGGUAGGUGUUACAGGUCUACCAGGAAUAGCAGGUGAAAAAGGAGACCAAGGAUCACAAGGUCCUAUAGGACGACGUGGUUUGCCUGGAGCGGUUGGAGUUCCUGGACCAGCUGGCCAACCUGGAAGUGUUGGUCCACCUGGCCCUGUUGGACAGCAAGGAGAAAGAGGGGCUCAAGGUGAAGAUGGACCGCCAGGACCUCGAGGUACUGAAGGCAGUCCUGGAGUACAGGGACCACUCGGACCAAAAGGUCAAGAAGGUCCUCGUGGGCCACAAGGAGUACCUGGUGAUAUGGGGAUGCCAGGACCUGACGGACCGAAAGGAGAGUUGGGACCUUUAGGAAUCCCUGGACCUCAAGGACCGACAGGACCUCCUGGACCAAAAGGUGUUCAAGGACCAGUUGGAGAAGAUGGGUCUCCUGGACCACAAGGUCCUCUUGGUAAACAGGGUUUAAGAGGUCUACCUGGACCUCCAGGACCAUCUGGGCCGCCUGGUAUGACCGGUCCUCAAGGGCGUACUGGACCUCAGGGUCCCAAAGGUGUAAAAGGGGAAACAGGUGAACAAGGAGUGCCUGGUGAACCAGGACGCGUCGGGCCAAUAGGAUCCCCUGGACCUCCAGGAUCUUUGGGCAGUCCUGGACAGCAAGGUGUACCAGGAGUAAUGGGAAAACAAGGCAAAACAGGAGAACGAGGACCAGAAGGGCUACAAGGAAAACAAGGUGACCCUGGGAUACAAGGCGACCGUGGUCCAAAAGGUAGCAAAGGGACCUAUGGUCCAGUCGGUCCUAUGGGGCCUCCUGGACCGAAGGGUGAACAGGGUGUUCCUGGACUUGAGGGCACACGUGGAGUGAUUGGUCUUAAAGGAGAAAGGGGUCCUGUCGGACCUAUUGGAGAUCCAGGACAGCCAGGUCCAUCUGGACCAACUGGUCCCGAAGGUCCAGCUGGACAUCCUGGUCCACCAGGUUUACCUGGUGUCCCAGGUCGAAAAGGUUCUUCUGGUCCGGCAGGACCACCGGGACCUCCGGGUCCAAUUAAAGUUUUGGAUAUGAGUGAAGGUUAUUAUAAGUUUGAAGAUACACCCAGAGUGAGACGUAGUAUUUCAGAUGCUUUAUACCAGAAUCAAUAUUAUUCAAAACAGGAUCCAGAUGAAAGUAUUACACCAAAUACAUUACCAUCAGUUGGUGCAGUACUACGUCGUAUAUAUGCAAGAAUUGAAAGUUUAGAAGCGUCUAUGAAUAGUUUUGAACGUCCUAUGGGUACACAACAAAAUCCAGCUAGACAUUGUCGUGAUAUAUUUGAAGCUGCUGAAUUUCCAGAAACUUUCAAAUCUGGUAUUUACUGGAUUGAUCCAAAUCUUGGUUCACCAACUGAUGCAUUCACGGUUGAAUGUCGAUUUCAGAAUAAAGGAAAUGUUGCUGAAACAUGCAUCAAACCAACUGAAGAUACAAAAACACAACCUCUUACUAAUUUUGUUAAAACAAACAAUUCAGAAGACUGGUGGAUUUCACAUUUAAAGCAACAAAAACAAAAUGGAACAAUGCAUAAAACCCAACUAUACUAUGCACCAAUAAAUCAAAUUCGUUAUCUACAACUAUUACAUUCAAAAGCUGAACAAGUUAUCACUUUCACAUGUCGUAAUACACCAGUAUAUUUUGAUGUGAAAAAUCAAAAUUAUAAGAAUGCAGUAGUUGUGAAAUUAUUUGAUGAAAAUGUAAUUGAUACUUAUGAAGAUAGACGUACACGUGCUAUCGGUGGAAGCAUUAUAUUAGAUAUCAAGGUUAAAGAUGAAUGCAUGGAACGAAGUAAACAGAAAGCCAGUAGUGUAUUUGAAUUUGUCGCGCGUAAACCAAACCUACUUCCUUUAGUUGAUAUUCAAUUAAAAGAGUUUGGUGAAAGUGAUCAAGAAAUUGGAUAUUAUAUGGAUGCUGUUUGUUUCAGUUAAAUUUGUCAUCAUUGCUAUUUAUGAUGUAAUCAAUAAAUAAACUAUUAUUUAAGCUGAAUAAUCGUAUGCCUUUUUACUUGUUAUAUAUA